UCCAAUUUUGAGAUAGAAUUUGACUAGCUACCUAGUUGGUCCUAGAAAAUUAGUAAGGAAAAAUCACAACAUGCAUUCCCACGUGGGCGGGUGUGGCCAUUACAGAUCAUAAGGGACAAAUUAAUCUAUGGGUAUCGAUGAAAACUAAUACUAUAGAACCAGUUGAUUAUAAAUAUUUCAUUGCAAAGAGUUAAUGACUUUAUAUAUGUUGUUAGAGCAAAGCGUUUUCCGUCAUUUGUCUUAAGUAUCUGAAAUGGCGACAAACUUCAAAUCCCUACUACCAGUUAUCGACAUCAGUCCUUUAGUGGUCAAAUGUGAUGAUUCGAACAUGGCCGAGGAUGCCGACGUGGCAAAGGUUGUGAGGAAACUGGACAAGGCCUGUCGGGAUGCCGGAUUCUUCUACGUAAUUGGUCAUGGAAUAUCGGAGGAUCUUAUAAAGAAGGUGAGAGUGAUGUCGAAUCAAUUCUUUGAGCUUCCUUAUGAAGAGAAACUUAAGAUCAAGAUUAGGCCAGCUGCUGGAUACAGAGGAUAUCAGAGAAUGGGACUAAACUUAACGAGUGGGAAACAAGACAUGCACGAAGCCAUUGAUUGUUACAAAGAGUUUAAUGAAGGGAAGUAUGGGAACCUUGGAAAGGUUUUGGAAGGGCCAAACCAGUGGCCAGAGAAUCCACAAGAGUACAAAGAGUUGAUGGAGGAGUAUAUUAAGCUCUGCAUAGAUCUUUCUAGAAAUAUCUUAAGGGGAAUCUCAUUAGCCCUUGGUGGAUCACCUUAUGAAUUUGAAGGAAAGAUGAUGAGAGACGACCCUUUUUGGAUAAUGCGUAUUCUUGGUUAUCCAGGUGUAAACCAAGAAAAUGUUAUCGGAUGUGGAGCUCACACUGACUAUGGCUUGUUGUCGCUUAUAAAUCAAGAUGAUGACAAAACUGCUCUUCAGGUGAGAGACUUGGCCGGCGAUUGGACACCAGUGAUUCCGAUCCCUGGAUCAUUUGUCUGCAACAUCGGUGACAUGCUAAAGUUUCUUUCUAACGGAGUUUACGAAUCCACACUUCAUAGAGUGAUCAAUAACUCUCCUCGAUACCGUGUUUGCGUCGGAUUCUUCUACGAGACUAACUUCAACGCGGUGGUGGAGCCAUUGGAUAUCUUCAAAGAGAAGUACCCAGUAAAAGGAACAUCUCAAGUUUUCAAAAGAAUUGUCUAUGGAGAGCAUCUGGUUCACAAACUGCAGACCACCUUUACAAAUUUAGUGGAACACAGUUAAUGUGGUUUGUUGGACUUUGGUUCACAAACUCCACACCACCUUUACAAAUUUAGUAGAACACAGUUAAUGUUGUUUGUUGGGCUUUGGUUCACAAACUCCACACCACCUUUGCAAAUUUAGUAGAACACAAUUAAUGUGGUUUGCUGGAGUUUGGUUCACAAACUCCACACCACCUUUGCAAAUUUAGUAGAACACAGUUAAUGUGGUUUGUUGUUAC